GCUCUUGUCCCUCCAGGUGAUUAUUAAUGUGACAAGAAGCAGACAUGGCGCCUUAAUUGAGUUGGGAAGCAAAGGUAACACAAUCGAAGACAGACGUUGUAAAAUGGUUUUCUCGUGAGCUAUGCCCCAUGCAAUAUAAAAAGACAGUCGGCGUAGCACUUGGAGAAACAGUUAUACCGUGCGUGAAAAAUACUUGUGGGACAAUGUGAAAAAAACUCAUUUAUGUCAUUUAUAGCGUUAACCUAUAGUCUGCCUCUUAGUUGGAGCGCAGCUAGCGGCUAAGCGGCUAACGGCGGACACAGGUGCAGCGCUCGUUAACUAAUUCUCAGCUCCCUGCUGCUGCUGCUGCUGUUACCCGGAGCCAUGUCACUGCAAACUCCACCAGAGUGUCGGCUCUACCACGUUAGUUUACAAACCACAUUCGUCUAAUUUCAAACACCAUGGUAUACACUGCCGGCGCUCACUGUUGUCCCUUGACUUCACUGAAGCUUUCAAACAUUUCUUCUCUCGACGCUCCCCUUUCCGUCUCACUCAACAUCAUGGAGUCACGGGAAGGCCCAGUUACUGCAGCUGGCUUUCAAGAGAAAACUUACCGCGACUGCACUAAUGAGUGGAAAGAUGAUAUCUUCACACAGCUCAACCCAGAUAUCGCCCGCCUUCAGCUAUUUCAAGGGUAAAACUGGUGUAGGCGUUGUCCAUUCGGAAGGCUUCAUGCUAAUGAGGAAGAAGUUGAGGAGGAGCUCAAGAUUAAACAAAAGCACCAGGAACAAUAUGUACGCACCAAGCUGCACUCAUCUGAGGACAUCUCUUGGCCUCAGCCACCCAUCGUCGUUCUCUGUCAUCCUGUUAUGCGUGGCAACUUUCUGGAGCACGGCGCUAAGACGUACACAAGCGAUGCAGGUGACAUCCACAGGGCCGCACACCGUCCAGAAGGCAGAGGGAGAGACAGUGACUUUGGACUGCAGCUACACACAGAGUCCUUCUGACACUGGAGAACUUGACAUUGAAUGGUCUGUGGUCAGUCCUGACACCACGCAGAAAGAUCAAAUGCUUUUGUCCUAUACAGGCGGCACUAAAUACCUCCAUGGUAACUCGGCACUUGUGAAAGGUCUCAGCUUUGCCGCCGCUGACCCUUCAGUGGGCGAUGCUUCACUCUCAAUUACUGCGCUGGCCCCCGCUCAUUCCGCUACCUACCAGUGUAAAGUGAAGAAGUCGCCUGGAGUGGACAUGCUCAAGAUGUCACUGGUGGUAAUGGUGAAACCUUCUAUACCCAGGUGCUGGGUGGAAGGAGGGGAUCUGGUUGGCGAGGCCGUGUCGCUGCGCUGCGAGUCUGCCAAAGGCUCCACUCCCUUAAAGUACACAUGGAGGAGAGGCGGUGUUGGCCCCAUCCCCGCUGCAGCCACGCAGAACAGUGCGACCGGGGUGCUGAAGAUCAGCAACCACUCUCAGAGCUUCGCAGGAAUCUACCUUUGUGAAGUGAGCAAUGCUGUCGGAGUUGAACGCUGCAGGAUCGACCUGAAAGCCAACAAACCUCCUAACAGAGCCGCAGUGAUAGUUGGCACAGUUGUGGGCUCCCUGCUCCUCAUCUUCAUCCUCCUGGUCUUCAUCGUGCUUCUCUACUGGAAGCUGAGGGAGAGACGUCGCUAUGAGAAGGAGUUCUCCAAUGAGAUCAGGGAGGACGCUCCGCCUCCCGACAGCCGCCCGGUCAGUCGCCACACCAGCCGGAGUAGCAGCCAGCGGCCGCAGGUGACUCACUGUCAGGUGGACAGGGCAGAGGUGAGCUCUCUGAGCGGAGGAUACGCACACACACCGGUCACAUACGCUCCAGUGGAACGUGACGGCAGGUAUGGAUAUGCAGUGUGACCGUCGGCAACGAGGUCUGAACCCACAGGCUUUUAUCUCCAACGUUUGAACGGAAGCUUCAGGGCCGUUAGGAAAAACUGAGAAUUCAGAGCAGCAGCAACCGUUUAAUUAAGUGAAUUCAGAGCUGUGCGGCGUGUGAUGUGUGAUAACAUUGUACAAAGUGAUUGUUUCAAGAUAAUCUCAGCGACAGGAAGUACUUUAUUGCCUGACUAAUUGUACUAAAAUGUAGGAGAAUGUCGCUGUCUGUACAGCAAAUCUGCAAAACUAACAAAUAUAUAAAUGGAAUCGUAUUCUGGAAUUUA